AUGUCUUCUAACAGUAUGCCACAGAAGAAGGGCUUAAUCCCAAAAGAAGAGCUUUUGAGAAUACAACAACAGUUGGAAUUUAUGUUUGGUAAGCUGAUGACUAUGAUUGAAAAAUUAGAGACUAAGUCUGAUAAGGGACGUAGUAAAAAGGGUAGAGAAGCUAGGAAGGAGGAGAGUGUUGCUGAAAACUCUACAAAUGAAGUCGAGGAUGAUCUUAACCGUGGUAGUGGGUUCCGUGGACAUAGGGGAGAGAGUAUUAAGUUAAAAAUCUUAGCCUUUAAGGGAAAAACUGAUCCGGAAGCUUACUUAGACUGGAAAAAAAAGGUGGAGAUGAUUUUUAACAUCCAUAGGUACUCUGAAGAAAAAAAGGUUAAGUUAGUUGUAGUGGAGUUUACUAAUUAUGUCAUGGUUUGGUGGGAGAGAUUGGUGGUAGAAAGAAGAAGGAAUAGAGAAAGACCAGGUAGUAAGAGCGUGAAGGAGUAUCAGAAAGAAUUAGAGGUGGCUAUGAUUAGAGAUAAUGUUAAUGAAGAUGAGGAAGUUACUAUGUCUAGGUUUUUGAAUGGCUUGAAUAGAGAUAUAAGUAAUGUUGUUAAGUUACAAUCUUAUGUUGAAUUGGAAGAGUUAGUGCAUUUGGCCAUUAAGGUUGAAAGACAAUUGAAAAGGAAAGGUAGUACACAACCUGAAGCUUAUUCGGGGUCUUCUUCAGGUUGGAAGUUGAAUUAUAAGAGAGAGGGUAGUGCGCCAUCGAAGCCCUUAGUCACUUCUAAAGUCGUCGAACCUACCUCUAUGAAGAAGCAGGUUUCGUCCAAUGAUAAAAAACUCAAGGGACAAGUCCAACCGAAGCAUAAUCGUGAUAUAAAGUGUUUCAAGUGUCAGGGAUUGGGACACUAUGCAUCAGAGUGUGCAAAUCGUCGAGUUAUGAUUCUAAGGGAUGAUGGAAAGAUUGUGUCCACUAGUGAGGAAUCUGUUUUUGAUGACAUGCCAUCACUUGAGAAUUCUAGUGAUUUAGAGUAUGCUAUUGGUUAUAAAGUUUUGGUGAUUAGAAGGAAUUCAUUGACGUUGUCGCUUCCAUAUGUCAGCUAUGACUCAGAUUUGAAUGAUGAUUUCAAGGUCUACAGUGACUCAGUUUUUGCCGACGAUUUAUGCAUUACCAGUGACAUAGUGCUUUUUACGAUUCCAUGCGUCACCCAUGACUAUAUUUUGGGAAUCGAUGUGAGGCAUCGGUCGAGAAUUCAUUUACGUUGUCGAUUCCAUACGCCAGUUGUCACUCAGUUUUCAGUGAGGAUUUCUAGGUCUAGAGUCACGCAGUUUUCGCUGACGAUUUCUGGUUAG